AAUACCUGCUUCAGAAAAUCAUUCAAACAGAUAAUAGCUUCAGGUAGUCUAAACGGAUAGAUGUGUGUGCGCAUGCAAAUGAUAAUCUCUGUGGUCAUUCAAAUAAGCCACAGAACCUUAAACUGUAUAGAAGGUUAAAAAAAAAGGAAAGAAAAUGGUGCUGUUUACGCCACACGUGAUGGGAGGUAAGAGGAGGUGGGCGGGUGUUGACAUGUAUUAAAGCAGGAGGGAGAGGAGGGGAGACAGAAGAACUGUGAGGAAGCGAGGAGAGGAUGAGGGGCCGGCAAAACAGAGAGGUGUGUGUCCUCCUGCCUAACAAAGAGCGGCUGUACAUCACUGUCGGGGUUAAAGCAAAAGGACAGGAGGUGUUCAGCCGUGUGUCUGACCUGCUGGGUGUGAAGGACCUACACUUCUUUGGACUGAGUGUGCUUCAUGACUGUGAACAUCUAUUCUUGGACCUGGAACAAAAGCUGACUAAGUAUCUAGGAAAGGAAAGGAAGCCAUUGAAGGAUCCUGUUCAGCUCUUCUUCAGAGUACAGUACUAUGUAGAGAGUGGUCGCAUGAUCUCGAGCAGCAAAGCCCUGACUCUCUACUACGCUGACUUGAGACAAAGGGUCCUUCAAUCGCACCAAGGCCUCGCACAGGAAGAUACCAUUUUCCGAUUGGCAGCUUAUGCUCUCCAGGUGGAAGUAGGGGACGUGAGCUCUCUGGAAGAGAGAGAGGACAAAGAAAGACAGAAAAGAGGAGCAAGAGACAUCAAGGAUGAAGAAGUGGAGCUGAAAGAGGAGCGAGAAUGCAGCCAUUACUUUCUUCCUGAGGAUUUCUUUCCUCCAUGGGUAAUAAAGCGUCGUGGGCGGGAAUACGUGCUGCAGCACCUUCCAGGACUGCACUCUGAUCUGAAGGGCUUGCCCAGACAAGACGCCACCCUCCUCUUUAUCAAGGAGGCCAGUGCACUCCAGGAUGUCUCUGCCAUUUGCUACAGGAUGAGCCAGAGUAAAAAGAAGAGGAAGUGCUGUAUGCUCCUCGGUGUCUCACUGAGAGGAAUGUUCAUUUACCAGGAGGUAGAUGGAAUCCAAACUCUGCUGCAUGAUCUCUCCUGGGAAAAUAUAGACAGAUUCACAUUCCAGGGACGCAGGUUGGAGCUGCAAGCAGUGGGGUUUCCCAAGAUGCUGUUCUACACCCCAUCAGCCUUCCACUCUGUUCACAUGCUCAGGCAUUUGAGUGACUCACAUCGCCUCCACAUGAACACCAGGGCGUUGGCCGCUCUCAUACGCAAGCUAGAGGAGAGCCAUGUAAGUACGCUUCACCACAAGGCCUACAUCUGUGACAGAGCAGCCCUCUGCCUCAAGUUAAGUCACGGCAGCAGAGGAAGUAAAUGUCUUGUGUCCUGUGAAGUAGUUCAGACCAGGAUGUGGAGAGAAGACAUAGAGAAUGUCUCUGUAAAAGAGAUUGAGCUAUGUGUGGACGAGCCAGUGGAGGUCUCUGUCGAUGACCCAGCUGACCUGAUGUGGUUAGCUGAACAGUCGGAGGGCGUGUCUGUCGAUGACCCAGAUGAUCUGAUGUGGUUGGCUGAACAGUCGGAGGGCGUGUCUGUGGAUGGACCUUUGGUAAUGCCAGUAUCUCAUUGGGCAGAUGUUGCUAUGGAAAUGAAACAGGUUUUAAAGUUGAAGGCAUUGAAGGUGCUGUGACUUAAGUUGGAUAAGACAAUUCUGGAAUUCCCCACAGCACUGAAUGCAUACAUAAUAUCAUCCACUGAAAUAUAACAUUGUAAUAUUUAAGUACAUGUUGUUACGUAUUGAUAUACAAGGUAGUCAAUGUACACUUAAUGUAAAGUGUUAACUAUCAGUGUUUUAUUGUGUGCAUUUAAAUAAGGCACCCACGCAUGAAAGUCCCUCCCUGUCCUGGGGCUACUCAAGAUUAUAGAUAAAAUAACAUGCUGGAGCUUGAUGAAAAGUUUGUUAUGACUGGUCACAUACACACAUUCCACAUUCCUUAAAAACAUGCAAACACACCUGAACAUUGUGUACUCUGAUAACCCCACACCCCUUUAGUCCAGAACAGACCAGAGUUCCUCAUCAAAGCUCUUUCCAUCCACCUGGCCAUCCCCUCUCAUCUUUCCUUCCCCGCACACUCAUGACCACUCACGCACACACAAAACACACAUACACAUAU